CAAAUAGAGCUCUGUGAAGAGGAGGAGAAGAAGCUCCAGCAAUGGCUGCGGCGCUGGCCGCCAUUGGCCCCCUCUCAUCCCCUUCUUUGGUGCCUCCGUUGAGGGUGGAGGUCGGCAAGAAUCAGAGAAAUAGAACUUUUCAACAUUGUUCACUUGGUUCACGUUCUAAUAAUCAUCGUCUGUGUACAAUAAAACUCAUACGAGCAACAGCUGUGGAGCAUUUUGGCGAACCUACCAAGUUUACAGACCACCGGAAUAAUUUAGCUCAACAUGUAUGGAAUGCCACCGUGAAGCGAGUAAAAUAUUUCCCGUGGAAUGAAGCUAAAGAUCUGGCUCUAAUUCGAUUUCUUCAUCUUGCAAAGAAUGCUGCAAAGUGGUCCUUUAUCGCAAUCUUCAUUUUUGGCCCCGCAUCAGAUGUUUACUUGUCUAUUGCAAGAAAUAAGGAGCUGAUGAUCCCAAUUGGUCUAUUCAUCGGUGUGAUACUGGCUGACAUUAUCAAGGAAUCAUCGGUUGAAUUCUUUCAACAGAACUUAAAGGAUAAGGAAACUACUUGGCAACUUAUCGGAGUUGGGUUCAUUUUCAUUCUUGUCAAAUUAAUUUCUUUGAGUUUAAAUCUGCAAGGGCGCGUACUUCUUUCUCAUAUCUGCAAUGGUGGCUUAAUGCAAGUCUUGUGGCUGAUGAAAAAAAAGCAACAAACCAAAGACGAUAAAGAUCACGAUGAACAAACAUUGGAUGCUCCAAUAACUAAUAAUUUCUAGGACUUUGCUCAAUUUCAUAACUAGAGCAAAUCUAAAACUUUUGUUGGCGGGAUUUUAAAUCAAUGUAUGGUGUUUUUGUGAAUGUCGAAUCUGAUAA